AUGGCCGAAAUAGCGGGGCUGGUUCUCGGCGCUAUUCCUCUGGUUAUAUCAGCAUAUGAGCAUCGCAAGACUCUCCUGGACUCCGCAGAGGUAUUAUUUCACGGCAAGAAAGACUACGACAAGAUUAUAAGACGACUGCAUAUAGAGUACGCAUCAUACGAUCAAAACAUGCGAUUACUGCUUAUCCGUGCUGUCAAUGAAGAAGAGCUGGAGCAAAUGAUUAAGAACUCGCAGCAUUCUCUUUGGAAGAGCGAAGCACUCACACGCAUGCUCACGAAGGAGCUAGGAAGUGCAUAUGGACCCACGAUGGGAUUAUUGGAGGAUCUCGGUAAAACUUUGAGCGGUAUCGUGGCCAAGCUGGGUAUAAGUGGCUCAGACAAGGUCCGAGCCAGACGUCUCGAACCUGACCCUCAAGAGCGUUUCAGGUUUGAGAAACGGCUCGAGUUUACCCUGAAGAGGCGAUCUGUGGACAAAAAGCUCCAAGCAAUCACUAAGUUCAACACCGAUCUGCGUAAUCUUUUGCAAGGGGCAUAUAAGAUAAACCAAUUCCAGAAAGACGAAGGCUUGUGCCAUAAAGCCCGCAUUCAGUUCGUUGCCCCGCUGCAGAGCAUCCAGCAGAACGCCUCUCGGCUACACAGAGGCCUCCAUAAGAGAUGGUGUGGAACACACGACUGCCACCGGGCAGGCCUCCUCCUCGAACAAAGGCUACACCGAAAACGAAUUCACCGACAAGGUCUCCUCAAAGAUGGGGGUAAUUUGGAACGAUUCGGAGUUGCAUUGCCGAGAGUCGAGGAGAAAACUUGGCUCGAUAUGGAAAUCCGUGUCCUUGGUGAAAGCAUUCCAGAAACCAGUCCCAAGAUACCAAAGAUAAGAUUUGCCAUGCCUGGGCCUUCGUUUCCACCGGCUCCACCGGCUUUAGAAAUCGACGACAUCUGCUCUGCGAUUGCAGGAGCUAUGCACCCUCAGACUGGACUAGAUUUAGAUUCUUCAGAUGUAAUGCGAGGACUCUACGGGGUGGACACACAGCAACGUCAUCUCGCCCAAGAUUUAAUCACGUUGGACAAGUUCCUGGCUACGAAUACAAUGCGAUUAGGAAUGGGAGACAUGCUGUGCUUGGCGGUUACUCUGGUUUCAUCCGUGAUCCAGCUUGGGAAAACACCUUGGCUAGUAGAACCAUGGAGCCGGCACAAUAUUGUCUUUCUGCGUCUUAAGGGCGAUGGAAACUCUCAAAUAGAUGCCAAGCACCCGUACUUGGUCUACAAGUACGAGACAGUAGCUCAGGCGGGGCCACCACCCCAGAAUUCUGACAGCUCCAUGAUACUCUGCAGUCGUCAAAGUAUGCUCUCUCUUGGUGUCAUGCUUCUAGAGAUUCACUGUGGAACUCCUCUGGAGGAUAUGACGAAGCAAACCGAUUUGGGCCGCGAUGGCUUACCAAAUGAAGAAACAAGCUAUACCACUGCAUCAAGGGUACUUGAGGAACGAAUUAACGAUGGUCAGGUAUCCUUUGGUUUUAAAACAGCCAUUGAGUACUGCCUUCACUUUUCUAGGCAGCCGGACGCGUCCUUUGAGAAUGCGGAAUUCGUGCGGUCGAUAGAGGAACAGGUAUUGGAACCCUUGGAGCGCGAGACGCAACGGUUUCUCUUUGGGUAA